CGGGGAGACUGCUGUGCGCCUGCGCCGAGUUCUCGCAAGCGCAGCCGCGGAAGCCGUGUCUCCUUAUGCACAUUGGACCGGUGGACUUGGAGGAAGCGGGACUGGGCAGGGAGCGAUCCCGCGGGACAGCAGUUUUGGGACGCGGGGGCGGCUGAGUGCUCAUCAUGGCUUCCAGCCACACCGUGUUGAUGCGCCUGGUAGCCUCAGCGUAUUCCAUCGCUCAGAAGGCAGGAAGCAUAGUCAGAUGUGUCAUUGCUGAAGGAGACCUGGGCAUUGUGCAGAAGACCUCAGCCACAGACCUGCAGACCAAAGCAGACCGCUUGGUCCAGAUGAGCAUAUGCUCUUCCCUGGCACGGAAGUUCCCUAAGCUGACAAUUAUAGGGGAGGAGGAUCUGCCUCCCGGGGAAGUGGAUCAAGAGCUGAUUGAAGACGGGCAGUGGGAGGAAAUCCUGAAGCAGCCGUGCCCAUCGCAGUACAGUGCUAUCAAAGAGGAAGACCUUGUGGUUUGGGUUGAUCCCUUAGAUGGCACCAAGGAAUACACUGAAGGUCUUCUUGACAAUGUAACAGUUCUUAUUGGGAUUGCUUAUGAAGGAAAGGCUAUUGCAGGCAUCAUCAACCAGCCAUAUUACAACUACCAGGCAGGCCCUGACGCUGUGCUGGGCAGGACCAUCUGGGGAGUCCUGGGUUUAGGUGCUUUUGGGUUUCAGCUGAAAGAAGUGCCUGCCGGGAAGCAUAUCAUCACGACCACCAGGUCCCAUAACAACAAGCUGGUCACAGACUGCAUUGCGGCCAUGAACCCUGACAACGUGCUGCGCGUGGGGGGAGCAGGGAACAAGGUCAUCCAGCUGAUCGAAGGCAAAGCCUCUGCUUAUGUAUUUGCAAGUCCUGGCUGUAAGAAGUGGGAUACUUGUGCCCCGGAAGUUAUCCUUCAUGCUGUGGGAGGGAAGCUGACGGACAUCCACGGGAACGCCCUCCAGUAUGACAAGGAGGUGAAACACAUGAACUCCGCAGGAGUCCUGGCCACGCUGAGGAAUUACGAGUACUAUGCAAGCCGGGUGCCAGAGUCUGUCAAAAAUGCGCUCACUCCCUAAAGGGCUGUUUCAUGCGCCCACCCACCCUGAGGACUUGGUUCUCACAGCCUCUUAGAACUGAUUGAACAAUCAGAGUUCAGUUGCAUUCAUCAGUGACCAGUGAUUUAGUGAUCAGUAGUUAGGGACAGAAGACAGGAUUCAAGAAUUUCACCUAUGUAGUCUAAUACUCUCAUGCCUUAGGCAUAUAAUACAUUUUAUUUUUCAUUUCUCCUCCCUAAAGACAAUUAGCCAGGUGUGGUGGCACAUGCGGUAGUUACUGCUGUUCCAGUGGUUGAGCCCAGGGCCUCAAGACCAGCCUCCACUACAGAGCAAGGCACUGCCUAAAAACGGAGAAGAAGAAACAAAAGGAGUUUAGUUUUAUUAACUAGCUAACCAGACCAAUUGUUUUGACAUCUGGAUAAUUUUUAAUUUCAGUGUCUUAAGUGGUCUUGGUGCUUUUGUUUGUUUUGGUUUUUUGUUUUUGUUAUUGUGUCCUUAUUUUUGUUUUUUGUUGUUGUUUGCUUGGUUUUGUUUUUCUUUUUG